AUGGAGCAGCUACCGCACGAGGUCCUCCUCGAUAUCUUUGCUUAUCUGGACGUCGCUUCCUUAGCGCACCUGGCCGCCACCAGUUCCCGGAUCCGCCGAGUCGCCCUGCAAGACACCCUUUGGAAGCCCCUCAUUUCACACGCCAUCCACUCAUUAAGCCCUCCUGUGAAUGGACCUCAUAUCCAUCCACUCGAGUCUGCGCUUCCUCUCUGGCAUCCUGACUUCGGCUUGCAAGCCGACGUCAUUCAUCCGCCCUCCUGGCCGACCCCGAAUGAGUACAUCGGCCAAGCAUCGUCGGUCGAUGCACUCGACGGCCAAAGCGAAGUAGAGCUAGAGCACUUCCAGGGCGCCACAUCUUUGCAUCAAGUCUACACCUCCUUCGUAAGGGCAGCAGAACCUCUGCUAGGAUGGUGGGCAUCGGACGUGCCAUUCUACGGCAUGGCCAUCCGCAUCGUCCUCGACAUGGAUUUCAGCUACGAGAUCGACGACAUUGGCGCAGCGCCCACUGCCGAAUUCUCUUCGAGCAGUGCGGCCCCUCGUCACGCUGCCAGUGACAAUGCAAAGACUUACUCGCCCUCUAUCGUCUGCCAGCGUGUCUAUCUCACCAACCGUCUUCAGGGACUCGACAGUGACAUGCAGCGAUGGUCCGAAGUUACCGGCUUUCCAAUGCCUAGUAACUCGGCCGUCAUCGGCCAAGGCACCAUCCUUCGGCGCAGUUUGACCCAAAUUCGCACCGACUUGUGCGAGCCUGGUAUUCGCACUGAAAAUCUUUGGCAUUUCAGCUGGGACGACGCACGGCGUGGUGACAGCAUGCCGGAUAACGUUGCCUCGCCCUCGCCGACGUCAACAUCAUCAUCUUCUUCAGCAUCGACCCCAACCAAGAUGGAAAGCCAAGCGGAACCGGCGAAUGGCAUUCGUGCGCACAUCUCCAGCCAAUCCUGGCUCCGCAGCCUGGACCCCCAAGAUGGAUCAAUGAGGUCACGCAGACGAGUCCGCGGCGGCAUACCUCCCAGAGAUGACGACGAGGACGACUCGGAUGCCUUUGAAGCCGCAGCCGAGGAAAUCGACCGAGUCUUACGACAAGUUGCGGAAGCACCGGCUUUCUUCAACUUUGGCUUCGAUCUUGAGGAGGAUGGUCCAGUGCCGAAUCGACUGCGUCACCUCUUGGUGGGACCUCACAGAGACCAUUUACAGCAUCUGGCCCGGACGGUCCCUGGUGCAGCAACGAUGCGCCCCGACGACCCUGUAGAGGAGAACAGGGUGCAAGUCUUAUCAAGUGCCUGGCAACCGUACCUCGACGCGGAUGAGCGCAAUGCCGCCUUUGCACAGCCCCCCUCCGCUGUGAUGCCGCUUCCUCCUGCCAUCUUCCCUCCGCCUGCGCUACUUCCUGCCAUCCGUUCGCCGCCGUGGAGCCGCCUGGGAAAGGUUCAGAUCGGCAUGUCAAAUAUAUGGGAUGCUAUGUCGGCCGAUCGAAGGUGGCUGAUCGAAGGAGAAAAGCUGACCAUUGACUCUCUCACCAUGACCCCACCGCCGCCGUAUCGACCCUGGCCAAUUCAAGCUCAUGCGCUCGAAAGCGGUCCGCGCUUUUUUCCGAUCUGCAACCCUGGUCGCACUUCGGCUCAGCAUAAGCCGUCCGUUCAGCGACCACAAAGGUCUCCUGAGACUGCGAUUUCGGGAUCGCUGCGUUCGUGCUCGUCCGAGGCGAACGGCACAUCCACAGGAGCGACGUCGGAUCGAGUCGUGUAUCAGCACAUCACACCUCCACCCCAGCACGAUCCGGCACACGCCGAUUUCGAUUGGAAUGCGGUAGAGGGCCUGUACAGCAUGACGUACGGCCCGCACGGCAUUGAGCUCCUCUACAUCCGUGCGCGAGAGCUCACCUCGCUCGACUUUGAGCCUGACGACCGACUACCUGCUUGGCCUGCGGAACCGCUUCUGUCGAGCGACGACAUGUACGAGCAGACACGCAUUAGCCGGCGCAGUGCCGCCCGCGUUGGCGCCCGUGUGCUUGAGGCCGUCAAAGUGCUCGGCGACCCCAACAUUCCGCGCGGGCAGGUUACAUGGCGUGCCUUUAUCGAUGACCCCGGCAGAAGUGCGGUGGCGUGGCGCCCGCCUCCCGAAGGGUUCCGCAGGCACACGCCAUGGCCACUGCGUCCGCCGCAUGCAGUAAGCGGUCAAGAUGAGAGAUCGCCGGGUCUCGUGCUGCCUGCACAUGGCCGGGUGGCUGGCGACGGGUUUGUUGGUGCAGGGUGGGCGACUGCGCUGGCGUGCGUCUCUUCCAUCGACGAAAUCCAGAUCUGGUGGCAGCCCAUGUACAAGAUCUCGAUCGCCAAGAAGUUGAUUGGCGUGUGA